GCGGACGUAUUUUUGCUUCUUUAUUCGCGGGGUGGGAAGCUGCUGUUAGCGCGAUGGACUCCUCGAGGGUGCUGGAGUACCUGAUGGAGGUGGAAGUGGCGGCUGAAGACGUUCUCGCUGAUAAACAGCAGAUUGUAGAUCUUGACGCAAGAAGGAACAGAAAUCGAGAAGCCAUGAAUGCUCUUCGAGACAGUGCUUCUCAAAAUGACAAAGUCAAAGUCUGCUUUGGAAGCAUGUUUAUUAAAUUUCCCAAGGAGAAUGCCAAGUCCAUGAUUCAGAAAGAUCAAGAGCAGCUUGACCAAGAAAUAAAUGACAUCCGAAAACGCCUGAAGGCAAAAGUGAAUCAUCUUAAUGACUUACAAGGGAAGCCUGAACUCAGAGGAUACAACCUGUCUCCACUCAGCAGUGAUGAACUAAAAGCAAUCAAUAAUAUCCUCAUGAGAUGAUGCAGCUUUUUCAGGCUGACUAGAGACUAUGAAGCAGGCAAAAGACUUGGCAGUUUGAUGUCGGAAUAAUGGUUAAAACUAAGGGAGCAGUCAAGAGUAUGAAGUCAGAAGAUCCCAAGCAUGAAAUGAAGGUGAAAGUAUCUCGACAAAAAUGAGGAAGAGUGACAUGUGAACAUCGUUGCAGGUGUGAAGGUUAAAGAAAUCUCAGUAAAAGUAUAAACUCUUCCAGAUAUGCUGACGUUUGUUGCAUCAAUAGCAGAAAUUCCUUUCUACCUACCUCUAGUUUAAAACACAUCAGCUAACUACAGUGAUACACCCAUGUGUAAUGGUGUGAAUACUGCUGUCACAUGGAGUCCAGUGUGUAUGUAAAAAAAUAUAUAAUUUCACAUUGUAAUAAUGCACAAUUUAAGCUGAUCAGUGUGAUGUCAUUUUUUGUGCCAAGGCGGUAGUUUUGCUUUAUGAAUAAAUCCUCAACAAUCCUCAA